GAGGUUCUCUCUUACAGUAAGCGCCUGGCACUGACAAUGUGGACAUCAGCAAGGAAUAUAUAGGAUAUCAUCUAAAUUCGCAUCGUAGAUAUUAUCAGCGCAUUCAGCUGCAUUCUUACCAGAAAGGUGAGCGGAAGGAGAGAGUCCUGACUCCCUUCCCCCCCUCCUCCCCACCCAUUCCAUCAUCCGUAGAGCAUCUUUCAUGUGUCUCCCUGGGCUUGACUCCCACGUCAGGAUGAACUGUGAGCAGGAUUUUGGAGAUGGAGGCAUGAAUGUCACUCUAACGCUCCGACUGCUCAUGCACGGCAAGGAGGUUGGCAGCAUCAUAGGCAAGAAAGGAGAGACUGUAAAAAGGAUACGAGAGGAGAGCAGUGCACGUAUCAAUAUCUCAGAAGGCUCGUGCCCAGAGAGAAUCAUCACCAUCACAGGCGCCACAGAGUGUGUGUUUAGAGCCUUCACUAUGAUCACAAUCAAACUGGAGGAGGAUUUGGCUGCUCUUGUGGCGAACGGCACAGUCACCAGUAAGCCUCCAGUCACGCUGCGAUUGGUCAUCCCGGCCAGCCAGUGUGGUUCUCUCAUCGGCAAGGGUGGCUCCAAAAUCAAAGAGAUCAGAGAGAAAACAGGGGCUCAGGUACAGGUGGCGGGAGAUCUGCUCCCUAACUCCACAGAGAGAGGAGUGACGAUAUCUGGCAGCCAGGACGCUAUUAUACAGUGUGUCAAACUCAUCUGCACUGUAAUACUUGAGUCUCCUCCAAAGGGUGCUACAAUUCCAUACCGCCCAAGCCCUGCUCCAGGUGCAGUUCUUCUUGCUGGAAAUCAGGUUUUCGAAACAUCAGAGUUUGCGUCUCACCCGCUUUUCUCAGUGGCUCAGGGAGGGCUGGAUCUGCAACAAGCGUAUACUGUACAAAACCAAUAUGGCAUUCCACACUCAGAGUUGGCGAAGUUGCAUCAGUUGUCUAUGCAGCAGGGUCUUGCCCCCAUGGCACAGCCCAUGGCCACCCAGGUCCUGCCUGCAGGCAUGGAGUCCAGUUCCCAGACAGCAUCGCAAGAACUUCUCAUUCCAAAUGAUCUGAUUGGUUCAAUAAUCGGCAGGCAGGGUACAAAAAUCAAUGAGAUCCGUCAAGUAUCAGGAGCUCAGAUCAAGAUUGGCAGUCAACUGGACAGCACCAGUGACCGACACGUCACAAUCACAGGCUCCCCAAUCAGUAUCAACCUGGCCCAGUAUCUAAUCACAUCCUGUUUAGAGACCGCCAAAUCCACUGCCCAGUCCUCCUCCAUGUCGACCCCUGUAGACCUCAACAUGAGCUUCACCCAGACUGCUCCCCAUGCAUCGUCCUCUGCCGCAGCCCUGGCAGCGAUGGGCGGCCUGCCCCAUGCUCCAAUCUUGGGCGCCCCUUAUACCCUCCCCCUCUCCAGCCUCCUGGGAAUCAAAUCCUUCCCCUUCCUGACACUCUCGGCCCCUGCCGCUGCUGCUGCCCCUGCCCACGGCACCUUGGCUUCCUACACCGCCAAGAUCUCCAAUGCCAACGGCAUCAAGAAACCAGAGCGACAGAAGUUUGCGCCCUACUGAUGCUUGCCGAGAGGACCCUCCAAGAACCUCCUUUGUUCCUGAGACAAGAACCGGAGAGGAACAGUUUCAGGGUUCUUCUCUACUAGCCUGAUGUAGCCGUCUAGAGGGACUGUACCAAUUCAUUUUCGUCACUGCAAAACAAGUAUUUUUAUUCAUCAGUAUCUUUGCCUUGUUUUCCAGUAAAAAAUUGCCAAUGGGGAAAGAAAAAUAAAUUUCAAAGAAUAUUCCUUUUUAUCUUACACAAUUUUGCUGCUCAAGUAAACUGAAUUAAGGAUGUUCAGAUAUUUUUACUGGAAAACAAAAAUGCUGAUUAAGAAAUUAAUUAUUGCAGUGUUUUUGGUUUUGUAGCUAGUCCUGAAAAAUUUUAGGAAACUAAUGGCAUAAUGAGUUUUAUUUUUGUUGUUUUUUUAUUUUUAUUAUUAUUAAUUGUAUUAUUAUUUUAUUUUUAUUUAUUUUUUGGCUGGGAUAGCCGCUAAAGCCAUAGACUAUUCCUAAUCUCCUAUUUUCCCAAAAUCUUUACACCUGUUUAAUGUCUGCUCUUAUUUAUUGAUAAUGACAAAAUAUUCCCGUAAAAGAGUUUAUAACGUAGAACACUGUUGACUGAUGCUAAUCUCUUAUGUAUCAGCUUUUAUACAAUGAUGUCUGUGAAUGCUUCUGUAUACAACUUCCUGAUUUUUUUUUUAGGAAUCUUUAAACGAUGUAUUAAAUCAAAAUAUGAAGAAAAAAUAAUCAUAAUAAUAAUGAAAAUGUUUUUAAAACGAAAACAGAUCUAAACCUUGCUGUUGUGUUACAUUUUUAAGAUUCGUUCACAUUUGUUUUGAAAUGUUAUUUAUUUUAUUUAUUGUGCAGAGUGUUUUCUUUAAUGGUCAAUGUUUGUUUUCUGUAAUGGCUGCAGGUUAAAAAAAAAAAAAAAAAAAUCUCUUUGGAUUUCUUCUAUUCAAUCAUGGUUACACACAUACUGACAAAGACACACAUCUGAGUAACCACGAGCAAAUUUUACUAUAUUUUAAAUACGAAUACAUCUAGAAGUUAUGUAUGUGUUUCUUUACUGUUCUGUGGAUCAUUACAAAAAUCACUAUUUAAAUCUGUAUUUUUGUAUCAUUUUCCAGUAAAAAUAUCUCAAGUUCCUUAAAGCAAGAUAAAUUUACUUGAGAAUCAAAACUAUGUAAGAUAAAAGGACUUGUUUUCAGACAAUAUGUUCCAAAGUUUUAUUUUUACUACCCCUUUUGAAUUUAUUAUUAGUUUUUUUAUUUUAAACAUAUAAAUCAAAAAGAAAAGGAACAAAAUGCCAACGAGGAAAGACAAAUACUUAAUUCAUGAUAUACUCUUAAAACAAGUUCUAAAAAACUAAAUGUAUCUUGUUUAAAGGAUGCUUUUAUAAUUUUUACUGGAAAAUGAUAGAAUAAUACAGUUAAAGACAUGUUUUUUUGCAGUGAAAGUGAAUGAUGCCACGGUGAAGUCUGGUAUAAUUAAGUGUCCAAAUUCUGAAUGUGCUACAGCUAGAUACUUCAUUUCAAAACUUGGCUGGCAGUGGCCGAGCUCGGAAAGUAAUGUUUGUUUCAGGGGGAUUCCUUCAUCGUUUCUGAUAAGAAAAUGACUAUGCAUGGUGACUGCCCCAGUCGGAAACUAAUGCUGCAUGUUGACUUGGCCCCUUACACGCACACACUAGCAGACAGUUAACAGCUUAGGUCUGUUUGGUGAUGGCUUUUGAAAUAGAGCAAUAUAGGUUCGAGAGUGCUAAAACAUACAUAUACAGCAGACCUAGACAUAAAUAUGCUUCGAGUGUAGCUAUAGUAAUCAUUAUUAUCCUCGAUCACAAGAUUAUAUGAUGUGGACUUCCUAUGUUUUGUUUUUUCUUUUUUUAAAUAACUAUAGAAAUAUCACACUUAUUUUUCUAAACCUAGAGUCCUAAAAUUGAAUGUGACCACUUACACCAACUCAUUCAUUUGGUAGAUGUCGUGUAACUUUGAUUCGUGUUUGUCAUUUUUAUCUUUAUCGUUACUGUUUGUUUGUUUAGAUAUUUUUUCUCAAACGUCUAUCCCAUACUCAUUUGCAUGAAUUUAACUUGGCAUCUAUGCAAAACAUCUUGGGGGUUGGUUCUGCGAGUAUCCUGUGUCAUGCAUCACAGAUGGCCCUAAAUAAACCAUCUUUGAAAAAGGGCUAUCGGCAAAGAUGGAACCCAAGGCAAGGACAAUGAUGCUCUCAGAUUUAUGAACAAUGCCAUGUAUAAUAUAUCUACAUACCUAUAUAUGUUGUAUUAUAUCCAUGUUUCCCAUUCCAAAGCCUAACACAUAACCACCCUUUCACACCCUUUGAAAUGACACAGUGUGGCAAUGAUAUGUACUGUUGCACUUCACAGUGAAACUUAUAGUUGGAUGAGUUUUGAAAACUGUUCAGAUGCUUGAAUUAUCCGAGAUCUGUUGUUUGGAUUCACACGUUUUUCGUUUGUCAGCCUUGGCAUAAAUGCAAACUCCUGUUUUAGUUUCAUUCAUCAAUGCCAUACAAAUUAAUAAAACCAAUACUGUAUUAACGUA